AUCGCGUUUUGAUCGCCGCUCAGUUGAUCGGGGCCUCUCGAACGCGUCGCUGCUCAGCGAAUUCCAUUUGGCACGCGCUUGUCUGCUACACAAAAAAAAAUAUACAUAAAAAUACUAACAAAAAUACUGCAUAUCUGCGUUAAACGUAUAGUAUUCAAAUACUACGCUUUGUGUAUUAAGCAACAGUUUUUUAAAAGAAAUAUUCAAGUGUUAUUUGUUGUUAAAAUUGAUGAGACACACACAAAAAACGCGCACUGAAUAGUUUUGUUCGCUCUUUAAUUGUUGUUUGCUCCGUCGCACAAAUGUCUCAAAUUUACGAUGCUAAUGCAUGAUAUGAUGUUUGCCUAGAGCGCCAGCCGUUCCGGGAAAACAAGAAUAAAGAUAAAAAUUAAAAAGAUUAUACAAUCAAAAUGUGCAAAAUCUGAAUUGAUUUGCAGCGAUUAAGAGAAAAGUUCGUGAAGCAAGUUUGAUAAACAACAAGUCGAAGAAUGCAUGUCAAUAGUGAGACAGAGUUCAAUGCAAACAAUAUACAUAUUAUAAAUCGAACAAGUGGUAAAAAUUGCAGCACAUCAUCAACAGAUUCGGGAGUGGGAUUGGUUGACAAUACGGCCACAUAUAUAACAAAAAACAGUAGCAGAAAAGGUAGCGAGGAAACAAAACAAACUUAUGAUGAUGGAGAAAAGCAGCAAAAAGCGGAAACGGAAACGGAUACACAACGCAUCAGCAUUGAGGUUGAGGCUAAAGUGAACCUCAAUAAAAAGGUUAGAAAAACAUCACCCGCACUUUCAAUACGCAGCACUACGAUCUCCAUAGUGUCCAUCGAUGAGGAUGCCAUCGAUUCCAGUUGCAUUGACAGCGAUUCCGAGGCCGAGCCCGACGAGGGUUGCACGGUGCACAAACUGGGCCAACAGCUCAAAUACCCGCCACCACAAAGUGACGAAUUGACGCAGCUGAAUAAAGGUCUGACUGUCAUCAGUCGCCAGGUGUUGCCCAGCAAUGGUCAGGGUCCGCCAGUUCCGGAUGCUCCCGAUAUUGUGGCCCAACAGCUGCUCAAUGGCAGCAUGAAUCUGGCCACGCCCACAGCGCCGGCAACGCCUCAGCAAAUUGGCAGCAUUGCGUUGACCAACACUACAGAUGUGACCUUUGGCGAUAAGCAUUAUUAUGAGGGUCCUGUGACGAUACAACAGAUUCUCAUCGAUAGUCGGGAAAAGUGGAAAGCGGCCGAAGGUCAGGAUAAUCCCGCCUUUGAUCCACAGGCCACGCCCAAUGCUACAGGUACCAAAUCAAAUGAGUCCUGUGAGGCGCCCGCUUUGUGUCCAUUUCUGCCUCACAACAUCAGUCGCAAGGCCAUUAUAAUAACGGCUAUAUUUGUGGCAUUAACCAUCGUUCUGGGCAUUAUAUUGGCAACAACGACAAACUUAUUUGGCAAGACGUUAAAUAAAAGUAAGCUUGGUGAUGGCGAUGAUUCCAGACAAAAUAUUCCAAUCAAUUCAACAAUAGAUAAGGACAACAUUGGCGGUGGCUUGGUGCUGAGAUUUGUGCCCCGUCCCGUGUGGUUGGCUCAACCACCGCAGAAACAACUUCCCGAUCUCUCUUUACCCGUACCAAUUGUCAUAUUGUUACCCACAAAUUCGGAAAAUUGUAGCACACAGGCGCAGUGCGUUUUCCGGGUGCGUUUCUUGCAGACCUUCAACAUUGAGUCGGAGCAUCACGAUGAUAUUAAAUUCAAUUUUCUAAUUGGUGGCGAUGGCAAUGUCUACGUGGGUCGUGGCUGGGAUAUUGUGGGUGCCCACAUGCAUGGCUAUAAUACGAGAAGUGUGAGUUUUGCCUACAUCGGCACCUUUCAAAAACAAAAGCCCUCGUCGAAGCAAUUAAAUGUCACUCGACUUCUGCUCGAGGAUGGCGUUAAUCUGGGCAAAAUUGCACCCGAUUACAAGUUGAUUGGAGCCAGCAGCUUGGAGCCCACUAUCACCGAAUAUAAUGCCGAGCAGCUGUACGAGAGCUUUGCCAAUUGGACCCAUUGGACGAAAGUCAAUUAAGGCAGCCUAACAAAUUGUAGUCAUGACUAGUAUCUCUCUAUAUAGUAUAAUAUGAUAUGUGGCAUAUUUCAUUAAGCUAGCAUUUAAGCUUUGUUUUGUAACAAUUGUGAUAUAAUUAAAAAAAAUAAUAAAAACAGUUUAUGACAAUGUA